GAGGAGCAAUCGGUUACCCGGCUCGGAACUGCAGAGGAGAGGGGCACAGGAAAGCAGAGAGGAUUGUGCAGGGGGCACAGACUGGAGCCCGGCCAAGGGAGCAGUGUAUUGUAGCAGGAGACUGAUGCAGUUCAUGAGAUCCAGUGAUCCUCCCCAGUGCCCUUGACUGUAUAGUGUGAGGCUUUGCUGCAGGUGACAGAUCUGUCUGGCUGCUCUGAGGAUUUUCCUCUGCUGCAUCACUAUCUCUGAUUUCAAAUUGAAGCACUCCAUCACGGAUUCCGUGUGGAAUUGGAAAACGGAUUUCUUUUUAUUCCCCUCCGUCUACCUGCGCAAAGACAAAGAAAUGGGCUUAACGCUUUCCUGUCCAUAAUUAUCAACAGCGGAUGAAGCUUUUAUCAUGUGAUGAAUUAAAAUCAGGAUGCUUCUGGAGGGAGAACCCAUUUGGCAUACUGCAUGAUAUAUCUGAAAAGGAUUGAUAUGGUUUUGCUGCCACCUUAGUACUAUUUGGAUCUAUCUACCUUUGAAGAUGAGUUCAGAAGAGAAAGGCAUAUCGCCAGCUCACAAAAUAUCAACGCCAACGCACAAAAGUGCCUCCUCUUCUUCCUCUUCCCAAAGAGAUAGCAGACAGGAAGGAGACAGCUGGGAAAUCAUUGAGGGACUGAAGAUAGGACAGUCAAGUAUCCAGAAGCCUGAAAAACAUGAAGGAUUCAUGUUAAAGAAAAGAAAAUGGCCACUGAAAGGCUGGCAUAAAAGAUUUUUCGUCUUAGAAAAUGGUAUAUUGAAGUAUUCCAAAUCGCCGAUUGAUACUCAGAAAGGGAAAGUACAUGGAAGUAUUGAUGUUGGGUUGUCUGUUAUGUCCAUUAAGAAAAAGGCACGGAGGAUAGAUUUGGACACUGAAGAGAACAUUUAUCAUCUUAAGGUGAAAUCUCAGGAUACUUUCGAUGCUUGGGUGUCAAAGCUCCGCCACCAUAGACUUUACCGACAGAAUGAAAUAGUGCGGUCACCAAGAGAUGCCAGCUUCCACAUGUUUCCAUCAACAUCAACAACGGAGUCUUCACCAGCAGCUAAUAUAACAGUGCCAGAAGGAAAGGUACCCAAAUCUAACAUUCUCCAUCUCCCUAUUCCAUGCAGCAGUAGCCUCCCAGCCAGUACCACCGGGCAGAGUAAAGUUGCAGCAUGGUUACAGGAUUCGGAGGAAAUGGACAAGUGUGCUGAAGAUCUGUCCCAGUGUCAGGCCAACCUGAUUGAACUUAGCAAGCUGCUUCAUAACCUCGAAAUGCUGCAAAGGACUCAGUCUGCGCCCAAUUUCAUUGACAUGCAGGCUAACUGUGUAGAUAUGUCAAAGAAAGACAAGCGCACGGCGAGGAGAUGGAGGACAAAAAGUGUCAGCAAAGAUGCAAAAAUACAACUUCAGGUACCUCUCAGCGCUUCAAUGUCCCCAGUUCGACUGCACGCCUCUAACCCUAACCUCUAUGCAGAUGUCGAGUUCCAAAACCCUCCAAGUCAUAUAACCGAUGCUCUGGAGUUUGCAUCUGACUACACCAAGCUGCAGGAAGAAUUUUGCUUAUUAGCACAGAAAGUCCAUUCCCUCCUGAAAUCUGCCUAUAAUACAAUUUCUAUUGAGAAGGAGAAAAUGAAGCAGAUGGUUUCUGAACAGGACUACAGCAGCCACAGUACACAGAUUGCACGCCUAAGACAGUCACUUUCUCAGGCACUGAACCACAACACUGAGUUGAGAACUCGACUUACCAGAAUACAUACGGAGUCUGUCAUCUCCGACCAGGUUGUCAGUGUCAACAUUAUAGCAAGUCCAGAUGAGACUGGAGAGAAAAUCCAUGUCAAUCUGCCUCUAUCCCAACAGGUCUCUAAUGAGGGCAGGUUGUCCAUGUCGGAGUCAGUGUCUGAAUUCUUUGAUGCUCAGGAAGUUCUUAUUUCUGCCAGCUCUUCAGAGAAUGAGGCAUCAGACGAUGAGUCCUACAUAAGUGAUGUCAGUGAUAACAUCUCAGAAGACAACACCAGCGUUGCUGAUAACGUGUCUCGUCAAAUUCUCAAUGGAGAACUUUUAGGUGGUGCAUACCGAACAGGACGAAGAACAAGUCUAGCUGCGCCUUCCCCUGAUACCAGCAAUAUCAACCUAUGGAAUAUUCUAAGAAAUAACAUUGGAAAAGACCUGUCCAAAGUAUCCAUGCCUGUAGAAUUAAAUGAGCCACUUAAUACCUUACAGCAUCUUUGCGAAGAAUUGGAGUACAGUGAACUGUUAGAUAAGGCUUCUGAGACGGAGGAUCCUCAUGAGCGCAUGGCCCUUAUUGCUGCAUUUGCAGUCUCAGGAUAUGCUGCCACAUAUUACCGAGCAGGAAGCAAGCCUUUCAACCCUCUGCUCGGUGAGACUUAUGAAUGUAUAAGAGAGGACAAAGGAUUUCGAUUUUUUUCAGAACAGGUUAGCCAUCACCCCCCAAUUUCUGCCUGUCACUGCGAGUCAAAGAAUUUUGUUUUCUGGCAAGAUGUCAGAUGGAAAAAUAAAUUUUGGGGAAAAUCUAUGGAAAUACUGCCUUUUGGGACAAUGAAUGUUACCCUUCCUAGGUAUGGAGACUGCUAUGUUUGGAAUAAAGUUACAACCUGCAUACACAAUAUCCUCAGUGGUAGAAGAUGGAUAGAACAUUAUGGAGAGAUCACCAUCCGGAACACAAAGAGCAGCGCUUCUACGUGUAAAAUGACAUUCAUCAAGGGAAACUAUUGGAGCUCCAGCGUGAAUGAGAUUCAAGGAGUGGUGAUGGAUCAAGAAGGAAAGGUUGUGCAUCGACUGUUUGGGAAGUGGCAUGAGGCACUGUACUGUGGUGAUGCCCCUGCGGCAAAAUGCAUAUGGAGGCCAGGUUCAAUGCCAACCAAUUAUGAACUCUAUUAUGGCUUUACAAGAUUUGCCAUUGAACUGAAUGAUCUGGAUCCAGUGAUGAGAGAAUUUCUUCCAAAGACUGACGCAAGAUUCAGGCCGGAUCAGAGAUUACUUGAAGAAGGGAAUGUUGAAGCUGCCUCUGCAGAAAAACAGAGAAUAGAAGAGCUUCAGAGAACGAGGAGAAAAUACUUUGAUGAUAACCAUAUAGAAUAUACACCAAAAUAUUUCCGGAAGGUGGUUGAUGCCCAUAACAAGGAGACCUGGGUUUCUAAUGACACCUACUGGGAACUGCGCAAGGACCCUGGUUUUAGCAAAAUUGAAUUACCCACUCUUUGGUGAUGUUAGAAUAUGGAUUUGUUAAACCUAUCAUUCUAUAAACAAAUCAAUAUCUAUGCACAGUUCGGUUUCAUUUUGCUACAAGAUUUAUUUUUUGUGACGCAUCAUGCCAUUUGCUUUUAUAUUCAUUUUUAAGAAAAAGCUGUUUGCUUGUAUAACAUGUAAAAUAUACAGAGUUAUUAAGAAUAUUUGCUGCAUUUGUAGAAAGAUGGUAAAGUAUAGAAGCUAUGGACCUCUUAUUUCUAUACUUGGCCUACUGUAGGAAUUGACACACCGAUUUACCCUCAUCCCAAUGAAUGUUCCAAUACUUUUUCACUGUAUCAGUACUUCUUCAUCAGAACAUUCGCCAUUAAAAAGCAUACUUGCACAGAUAUUUUGCUGUUAUUGGAAUCAUUUCCCCAUGGGGAAAAUAUUCACAUUAUAGCAAAAAUCAACUCUUUACUGAUAUUGCCUCCAUAGGAAAUUCUUGUGUAGAGUACCACAUGCUUGCUCUAGUGAUGAUCUGACAAAAUCUUUUCCAUAGACAAGAAUAUGACCUUAAAUGGGCACUGUUACUAGUUGUAUAAACAUGUCAAAAGCCUUGAUUGUUCAGGGUUUGGGUGUUCAGACCUCAAAUGAACAAGCGUGAAUUUCAUCCUAAGCGUGUUCUCUCCCACCUACCCUGUUUCCCCAAAAAUACACCCUACUCCAAAAAUAAGCCCUAGCUGGAUUAUUGGGGCGGGCUGCAAUAUAAGCCCUACCCCGAAAAUAAGACCUAGGGCCAGGGGUACUCAACUGGUGGACUGCGGUCCAGAUCCGGACCACGGCCACCAGUAAUGUAGCAGUGUGGAGAAUGGUGGGCUGCAGGAGUGUGGAGGAUGGGGGGGCUGCGGGAGUGUGCAG